ACAUAAGUAUUACAGAUAACAUGGGUGCUUGAUAACAUUAUGAUGAUGUACCUACAAAGAUUAUACUUAUUUUGUGACUCGCAGAUGUACGCAUGAAAGUCAUUAUUGAUCAUGUUAAAUUUUGUAAACCUUUUUGUAAGACAUGUAACCAAGCAAAAUGUUUUGGUUAAACUUCAAUAUUCAUCACAAGUUUUACCACAGUUUUCUUCGGAGAAAUAUAACAAAACGCGAAAGGACUUUACCACAGCUGAAUCAAGGGAUCUAGAUUACUUCAAAAAAAUACUUGGCGCUCAAAGAGUUUUAACAGAAGACAGUGAUGUUUUACCAUUUAACGUCGAUUGGUUUAAAAAUUGUAGAGGUCAAUCGAAGAUUGUAUUGAAGCCAAAAAGUGUUCAAGAAGUAUCACAGAUCUUAUCUUAUUGUAAUCAGAGGAAAAUCGCUAUUUGUCCUCAAGGUGGAAACACCAGCGUUGUAGGGGGAGGCGUUCCAAUGUUUGAUGAAGUUAUACUUAAUUUAUCGUUGAUGAACCAGAUUAUCAGUUUGGAUGCUAUUUCAGGAACUUUGGUAUGCGAAGCGGGAUGUAUUUUAGAAAAUUUGGAUAAUUAUGUGCGUGAGCAUGAACUUAUAAUGCCCAUAGACCUUGGUGCUAAGGGCACUUGCCAUAUCGGUGGGAAUGUGAGUACCAAUGCUGGCGGAAUUCGGCUACUACGCUAUGGGAAUUUGCAUGGAUCCAUAUUAGGAGUUGAAGCUGUAAAAGCCGAUGGUACCAUAAUAAAUUGUCUUAAGACGCUAAAAAAGGAUAAUACAGGGUACCAUUUGAAACAUUUAUUUAUAGGAUCCGAGGGUACAUUGGGCGUCGUGACGAAAGUUGCCAUUCACUGCCCUGUUAAGCCAAAAUCUGUUACAGUUGGUUUUUUUGGACUUGACAAUUUCAAAAAUAUUUUAAAGUUGUACAGAAGUGCCAAAUCAUCAUUGGGUGAAAUAUUGUCUGCAUUUGAAAUGAUUGAUCGUGAAGCAUUAAACAGUAGUGCGAAAUAUCUCAAUCAAAAUCUUCCAAUAUCAGAGUACCCAUUUUAUGUGUUAGUUGAGACUCAUGGCAGCAAUGAAACUCACGAUGAAGAAAAAUUAACUCAGUUCCUAUCAAAAGAGAUGGAAAGUGGACUCAUUUUGGACGGCACUGUUACUUCCGAGCCAGGAAAAAUGCAGUAUAUUUGGAGAUUCCGUGAAAGUAUACCAGCUGCAGAUUUAGCAGGCGCCUACCUUUAUACAUACGACGUAUCGCUCCCUCAAAAUCAUUAUUACGAGAUAGUACCACUGCUGCGUGAGAGAUUGGGCGACAAAGCCACAAAAGUAUGCGGUUUUGGACAUAUUGGUGAUGGAAAUAUUCACAUCGACGUUGUAGUUCCAGAAUACAGUUCAGAAAUAACUAAUAUUAUUGAGCCGUUUCUUUUCGAAGAGGUGGCUAAAAGAAAUGGUUCCGUGAGCGCUGAACAUGGGGUUGGAUGUCGCAAGCCACAUUUAAUACACUACAGUGUGGAUGAGGACGCGAUACAGCUCAUGCGUGAUUUAAAGAACGUGAUGGAUCCAAACGGGAUUCUCAACCCUUAUAAGGUCCUUCCCGAUGUAUAUGAAUAAAUUGUGAAUAUAAAGAGUAGGUUUAAUACUAUUUUGAAUCGAACUUAAUAGUAGAUUAUCGAUUUGGACUAAUCUAUUAUCUAAUAUAUUAUAUAACCUAUUAUCUAUAUAUCUACUUUAUUGUUGUUUUUCGUGAUUUAUUGUAGCUACAUGAUUCGUUUAAAUAGCUUAGACGUAAAGUAUUAUAAAAAAAUUAGAAACUACACGAUCUAAGUGAGACCAAAUGGCAAACUUUUAACAAUUUAAGAUUUUAUUUGAAUCAAAUAAAAUAAAUAAAAAUCUAGUGUGGCGAUAUAUUCGCGUGGUUGUUGAAUGUUACAUUCACUACAAUGGCAAUACUCGACAAUAGUAAGAAAAUUUAUUUUUUUAUAGAAAAAUAAUACAUUGUAUUAUAAUAAUAAAUACAUUAAUAAUACAUUGGAUUGUAAUAUUUAUAAAUAUCUAAAUAAAGAAAUAAGUAAUAAGUAAUAA